UGAAUUUAGUUGCGGUUUGUCUCUCGUUUCGUGCGGACGUAUUUAAUUGCGAUCUUGUUACCCCCUGUCCCCAGGCUGCUCUUUCUCUCGCUAGCUAGCUGCUCUCCAAAUCUACAAAAAUGCGCUCUUUGUGGCCCUUGUGGCUCGGGCUAGCGAUGACUUUGCUGCUCUCAGAGCCGCAGUCAAUCAACGCCGCGCCCCAUCUGAUAUGCUUCUACGACUCUAGUGGCUUUGAGCGACAAGGCCUUGCUCAGUUCUCACUCACGGAUUUGGAGCUGGCACUGCAGUUUUGCACGCACGUGAUAUAUGGCUAUGCUGGCAUCAAUCCAGACACCUUUGAGGUAAAAAGCCUUAACCAACGGCUGGACUUUGAGCGUCGACAUUUUGCGCAAAUAACGGCGUUUAAGGAGAAGUACCCAUAUAUUAAAUUUUUAUUAAGUGUGGGCGGCGAUCGUGAUGUUCAGCAAGAAGAGAAAUACAUCCAGCUCCUGGAGGCAGGCAGCCAGGCACAAGCGCGUUUCAUUAGCUCGGCUAGAGAUGUCAUACGUCGCUUUAAUUUCGAUGGUCUGGAUCUCGCUUUCCAGCUGCCGCGCAAUAAGCCCCGCAAGAUUCACUCUGAUGUGGGAAUGGCCUGGAAAAGCUUCAAAAAAUUCUUCACAGGCGAUUUCAUUGUGGACCCUGACUCUGAAACGCAUAAGACACAGAUGACAAAUUUUGUCAAGGAUCUCAGUAGUGCGCUUAAAGUCAACGAUCUGCUGCUAAGUCUCACCGUUCUGCCCAAUGUCAAUUCCAGCUGGUACUUCGAUGCUCCUGCCAUCGCUGAUAAAGUGGAUUUUAUUAACCUCGGCACGUUCGACUUUCUCACGCCCACUCGCAAUCCCGAGGAAGCUGAUUUCUCAGCUCCACUUUACGAGGCAUUUGGCCAGAACCGACUGGCACACUACAAUGUCCACUUUCAAAUGGAACACUGGCUGCUACAGCGUGUGCCAGCUAACAAGCUGAACAUUGGUAUUGCCACCUAUGGACGAGCCUGGAAACUAACCACAGAUUCUGGUACCACUGGAGAGCCCGCUGUGGCUGCUGAUGGUCCAGCGGCUGCCGGUCCACAAACCAAGACAGAAGGACUUCUAAAUUGGGCUGAGAUCUGUCAACUACUUCCCAAUCCUAGCAAUGCGAAUAGCAAAGGCGCCGCCGCUCCCAUACGACGCGUUCCCGAUCCCACAAAGCGUUAUGGCAGCUAUGCUUAUCGCCUGGCCGAUGAGGACGGCCAGUAUGGCUUGUGGGUUAGCUAUGAUGAUCCUGAUACAGCUGGCAGCAAGGCACAAUAUGCGCGUGUCAAGAAUCUCGGAGGCGUCGCUUUGUUCGACUUAACUCAGGAUGACUUCCGAGGUCAGUGCACCGGAGACCGCUUCCCCAUGCUGCGCGCUAUCAAGUAUCGACUACUCUGAUGUCUACCUCUGCAUAUAUACAUAUCAAGUAGCCCUUUUCCAAAUGUCACUAAGUUGCGCCGCUGGCUGCCGAAGCUGGCCCCAGUGUGUGUCCUCUUGCUAAUUAAUUACAAAGUUGUAAACUAAAA